GCUGUGACGUCGCACGUCGAUCUCCCAGUGUGCUUCUAGUGACGUAACAGUAGCACCAAGUCCGUCCGAUCCGACUCGGGUGUUUUUGUGGGCGAUUGUGUGAGUUUUGCCGUCGCUCGGGAGAUGAACAGCGUAGGCGAGGCUUGCACGGAGCUCAAGCGGGAGUACGACCAAUGUUUCAAUCGAUGGUUCGCCGACAAGUUCCUGAAGGGAGAGCGAGGCGCCGAGCCUUGCGCGGACAGCUUCCGGCUGUACCAACGCUGCGUGCAGAAGGCCAUCAAGGACAAGGACAUCCCCGUGGACGGCCUGGACUUCAUGGGCCCCAACAAGGACAAACCCGACGGCUGAAAAAGACGGCGAGUGACGAGACAAGCGCCCUCC